ACCAACCUACAAUACCACUACCCACAUAUACACCACCUAGACACCUAGACACACAGGGCUUUAACGUCCGACAAAGGGAACUAAAUAUACCCGUGUCGCCCAACUUCAAAUCCAAUUCUACCCUCUCCUACCAUGACCACCACUACACCAACUGAGGCAAUGCCACACCCCAUCCUCACACCAAUCAUAGUAGCCAGCUGUGUUUGCACAAGAGCGAGCACGAAAGAAACACCAGCAGCAACGCAACGCAACGCAACGACACUAUUAGUAAUGGAAUACUUCACUUCUAUUCUGGCCGCUUUUUGCCUCGUCACUUUGUUCUUGUCUCAAUACUCUCUGCUGGACGCCAAGGGAUGGUUUGCUGUUGUUGUCUCCUUCUGCGGUCUGAUUUACGUGCAGAGGCAAGACGUGCGCCGAGCGAGGGAACAAGAAGGGGCAGAAAUUGAGAAGAAACUACACGACUUUCAGAAAACGCGGCAGGAGAGGAAAGAAAUGACGGAGUGGUGGACGAAGGAAAAAGCUCGAGUGUACAGCAAUGGGGGAAGUGAUCCAACCGGUGAGAUCUUCAUCAAAUAUACCAGUCUCUUUGACCUCACCGCAAGUAUUGCCGACCGAGGUAUUUUGGACGAGUUGACGUCGAAGAACGAGGAGAUUAUGCGUCUGCGUCAAGAAAAUGGGUUGAAGCUGAAAGAACUUUACGAGAAGCUUAACAUUGAAAUGACAUACAACUCCAACGCAAUGGAAGGGAACAGAAUAUCCAGGUCCGAAACAGCAAUGAUUUUAUCCGGAUUAAUAGGUGGAGAAGGCAAGACGCUGCGGGAACUGGAAGACAUUGUUGGCCACGCCAAGGCUUUUCAGAAAGUUCAGGAUCUCGUCGCGACGAAAAAAUCCGCCGCCACCAUAAGUAUUCGCGAUAUCUUGAACAUCCACGAGCUCGUCCUCCAAAAUCACUCAGCGGGGGGAAAGUAUCGAGGAGAGGAGGAGUUUGUUACGGUUGGCAACAGGAAAGUACUUCUGGCAAUGCCUGACGAAAUUGAAGCGCUCAUGACAAAGUUGGUUACUUGGAUCCGCGAGAGACAGGAUACUGACUAUCACCCUUUGUUGUUGGCAACCACUGUCCAUUACGCGUUCCAGCGAAUCCAUCCGUUUUUGGACGGUAAUGGGCUUACGGCCCGUCUCCUCUCGAACUUGAUCUUAAUGAGACGUGGUUAUCCACCCAUCAUCAUCCCAGUUGAAAAGACGGAGACCUAUCUCGGUGCCUUGGCAGCGUGGGAUGGCGGGGACCCGGCCCCUUUGGUCACUUUCAUGACAGAUUUAUUGAAACAAAUGUUCUCACUGUACGAGAAAGAGUUACGGUGACACCGAAGUCUUUGAAAAGUAGUGUUGACAGGUAUGUUUAAAGAGUCGCCAACCACGAAGUUGGCUAGGUUAUAAUUUUAGUUUUUCGUCUGUCGUCGUAAUGUUUUUAGGGUUAUGGGUUACCACAGGUCAG